UGAAGCUGCCCUCUCUUGUUUUCGCCGCUGCCGAUCUCUUCAAACUCGCACAGACGGAGGCGAAUCGCAAUGCCAUGGCCGAGGAGGAUUCCUCCACCGACCACCACUUCCUCCACGUCGAGUCUCUCCCACUCGUCGACCUCCGCUUCCUCUCCCAAUCUGAACUCUACUCCCUCUCCCUUUGCUCCUCUUCCCGCAUUCUUCGCCGUCUUGACGACGACGCGAUAAUCCCCAAAAUUGACCGCUCCGUUUUCAACGAAUCCGCCGGCAGCCGAAAGCAGACCUUCUCUCGCCUCCGCCUCGCUCCUCGUAACAACCAAAUCUCUUCUGUUUCCGCCGUCCCCAUUCAAAUUGCCCGCCAAAAUUCCGAGCCCAUCGAUGAAGACAGCACCCAAAUCAUUGGCCUACUUCAACAACUCUUCGGCGUCGAGUCUUAUGGUGACGUCAAGCAUGGUGAUAAUAACCUUGUUCCGGUCCAGGUUCAGUUUCAGGACCCUUUACCAGAAUCCGCGACCGUUGCCUUUCAGAGUAUUCCAAUUGACAUCGUUGAUGUCAGUCAGACCAAGCGGAAGCGUGGGCGGCCGCGGAAGAAUGAAAACGCGGGAAUACCCUUGGAAGAUAAAUUAAGAAAGGAGGGCGGUGAGGUGAUGACGGUGGCCAAUAGCAACGGUGUUCUUGUGGACGGGGUUGCUUCGGUUAAUGUGGAGGAUCCGUUUGGAGUGGAGUUAAAAAGGAGGACCCAAGGCCUAGAGACCGAGUCCUCGACCGUCGCCUUGCAAAACAUUCCAACUGACGUCGUUGCUGGUGGUCAGAGAAAGCGGAAACGUGGGCGGCCGCGGAAGAAGGAGAAUGCACGAAUCCAUAUGGAAGAGAAACCAAAAGAGGAUUCUGGGGAGGCGAUAAUAAUAGUUAACAACAAUGAUGUUCUUGUUAACGCAGCUGCUUUGGUGAACGAUCCAUUUGAGGAGGAGUUGCAGAGGAGGACUCAAGGGUUGCAGACUGAGUCCCAGUUGUUGGAAUUCAUGGGAAGUUUAGAUGGAGAAUGGGCAAGCCAAAGGAAGAGAAGGAGGAUCGUGCCGGCUGGCUAUUUUGGCGACUUUUUGCCCAGAGGAUGGAAGAUCAUGCUUUCUCUCAAGAGAAGAGCAGGUCACGUGUGGAUAAUCUGUCGCCGUUACAUAAGCCCUGAUGGGCGACAGUUUGUGUCAUGCAAGGAAGUUUCUUCGUACUUGCUUUCUUGUUUUGGACUUCAAGAGAUAAGCAAUUUAGAUUCUAGUCAUACCGAUGGAAGCCUGCAGUUUCUGGGUAAAAUGGCGCCUGAAAAUGGUGUUGGUUUGCUCCCUACGAGUGACAUGAAGGCCUUGAAUAUUUCAAGUAAUUUGCUUAUCCCUAGCGCAUCUGCACCCGUUGAUCAUGCAAAUCAGGCCACCCUAUCAUCAUCAAUUGGAAGUGGUGAGAAAAAAAAUUCUGAUGAGAAUGUCAAUCAAGAUCUGGUUUCAGGUACUAAACCAGGAGGAGAUAGUGCAGCUUGUGGCAGAAUGUUUACUGGCUUCAACCAUCACGGAAGUUUGUUUAUUGAUGAGCGACCUUUGAAGGCUAAUCAGAAUGAUAAAAAUGCAGUUCAGGGAUGUUCUCCUGUGGAUGGUAAAGUCGGUAAUGAAGCUAAUGAGAAAUUGGAUGAGGUUCAUGAUGUUGCUUCCAGACCUGAUGCUCAUUUGGACGCCAGAAAUUUCUCCAAUAAUGAGAGUAAUGGUAAUUGUGAAUUCAUUGAUGAAAUAAAUGCUGUCAAAUGCAUGAAAAGUGGAAGUGGUAAUUUUGUUAAUCAAGAUGGAAAUACCAGAUGCCCUGAAACUAUUUCUUGUGGAAAUGCGCAACCAUUUGUUUUCAAAAGCAGUGGAUAUGAGCUUCCUGUAAGAUUGGUGGAGGAUUUUGGGGAGCAGAUAGAUUUUGGAAGUGGCAAGCUUCCUCCAAAUUUUGAAGAGAAAAGACGUGCUGCUGAUGGAUUGGAAGAUGUGAAUAUUAAACAUGGAAAUCUAUUUGAGAAUGACAGGUGGCUCACCAACUCAGGCAACUGUCACUUGGAAACUGAAGAUGUUUUGAACAGUUUUAAACUUGCUGGUAGUUCAGAAGGCUUUUCGGCUGCCCAUUCCCGUAUUGAGCUAAAAGAUGUUUCUGUUAAUAGCGUGAAAAGGAUAGGUGGACUAGAUAUUGAUCCUAAUGUCAAGGUGAUUAAGGAUUUUAAUGAUGAUCAUACUCCUCAUAAUGAGGGUGUUGUGACAAGCUUUGCACUGGAAACGAGUUCCUCGAAGGAGCAAGGUUUUGGUUGCAAAAUUGACAGUUUAUUUGCCAGAAGCAUUGAACAAAAUUUAGUUAUGCCAGCUGGUGAUGAACCCCCUUCUGCUUUUGAUAAUAAUUCAAAUAUUGCCUUCUCUGGCACCUUAGAUACACUUAAAACUGUUGAAGCGGCCUGCAAGAACCCUCCAUUAGACCUUGUGUGCUGCAAUAAUGAUGCCGCAGCAGAUGCAUAUAGUACCACAAGCAUGAUAAUGGGAAGGUCUGGUGGCCGUGUAUCUAGUCCUUUGAGUAGCAGUAUUCAAAAUAAAUUUGAGGGGCAAGGUCAUGAUGGAGUGGAUAAUGCUGAUAAAUUUUGCUUAACAAAGGUGGCUAAGGGUGACCAAGUUGAAGUAUGUGAGAACGAUGAGGCAUUACUAGCAUUUGGCCGCAACCAGAUUGAGUCAGGUGUUGAUAUGACAAGCAGUGGGUGGAAGAAUGUUUAAACAAGCGAUGGAUAGUAGUUUUGCAGAAUGAACUGGUUUCCACAAUCCUCUGCUUGUAUAUUCUCAAGUCACUAACAAGGAUAGUAUCCUGGAAAAGGUAAUCUUUCUAUCUUAAUUUACAGUAAGAUUGCCUGGAUAACUGCUGGAAAUUGUUUGAUGCACAAGAGCUGGUGGUUUUCCAGGAAUUCUUUUUUUUUUUUUUUUCACGCAUCUGUUGGGAUUGAUUAUAAAAUCUACGAAGAUUGAUUUUUUCUUCUUCCACGAUUUAGUGAUUUUUAUCUCAAAAUUUGCUGCCACAAAACCUGAUAAUAAAAUGGUUACUAUAUCAUGAUCAUCAUUAUUAU